AUGUCAUCACAGUCAAGUUUGACAUUACACUUCUCAAUAUUUGAUAACAAAAAACGAGAUUGUACCGAUUGGCCAUGUUUACUUAUUUUCAUUAUUCUUCUUAUUCUUUAUAUUCUUUUUGUUAUCUUUGUAUUUCGUGAAGGUUCAUUACAACGUUUUAUAUAUCCAACAGAUACACAAGGUCAUCUGUGCGGUGUAGAUUCACAAAUAGAUCGAAAAUUUUUACAAUUUUUUGAUAUUAUCAAAUGUAUCAAAUAUGUAUUGGUUGGUGCACGAUGUCCAACACCACAAGUGUGCGUUGAACAAUGUCCAUCAAAUUUUUAUCAUUAUAAAUUAUUGUAUGCACAAGAAUUAAAAUUAAUAACAAAUAAGAAAAACAGAAGUCAACAAAUUCGAGCACAACUUUUAUGUGAAAAAUCAGCGCGAUCACAAGUUGACAAUCUAAAAAUAUCUAUCUAUAGUCUUGUUAAAGAACGAAAAAUUUGUGCUCCUUAUUCUUUUCCAUCAACAGCUUUUUAUGGUCGAUGUAUUCCAUCAAUUAUUGUUCAUGCAUUAAAUUUAACAAUUAAACAAGCAAAUGAUAUUAUCAAAAAUCAUGGUGAAAAUAUAACCGAUGAUGAUAUUAUACCAAAUAAAGAUGUAAUACAAAAUAGUUUCAAAUAUUUUAAAAAAUUUUUACAAAUAAAACGUCUUUUGUCUUAUAUGUUUGAAGACUUAAUUCAAAGUCGUUAUAUUAUUUUAUUAUCAUUUCUUUUUUCAAUGAUAAUUCUUCUUAUUUACAUGCUCUUAUUACGUUAUUUUGUUCAAUGGAUUAUAUGGCUAUCAUUAAUAUUAUGUAUUAUUGUAUUUGCUUUGGCUGCUAGUUUUUGUUUUGCAACUCGUAUUCGAAUGCAAAAAUAUUUAAAUAAUAACAAUAGAGUACCUGAUCUUAAUGAAAUGAAUAUAACAUUGAAUGAAAAUGAAUUAGAUACUAAUAAUACUAGUAUAAUAAUUCAUACAGAUGUCAUAGAUAAUGAAAAAUUAACAUUUGAAAAAUUUGAUACAGCGAUGAUUUUGUUAGAUGAAUUUGCAUCGAUCAGUAUUAUUUGGUUACUAUUAGGUAUUGCUUGUUGUUGUGUAUGUGUUAUUUUAAUACUUUGUAUAUGUUGUUUAUGGGAAAGAAUUGUACUAGCUUCAGCUCUUAUUGAAGAAGCCAGUAAAGCGAUUAGUUAUGCAUUAACAAGUUUAAUUUGGCCUAUAAUUACAUUUAUUUUGAAUAUUUGUUUUGUUAUUUUGGGUAUUCUAGUUCUUGCUUAUUAUUCCACUUUGGGUCAACCUAUUUAUCAAAUAAGUUGUAAUCAAGAUUUUGGUCAAUCAUGUCAUAAUGAAUCUUCUCAUUCAUAUGUUAUAUCAAAUGAAUCAAUAAAAUUAAAUAUUCGUUCAAUACCUAAAACAUGUUUGGAUUAUAAUGAAGGAGAUAAUUGUAAUCCAGAUCAUUUUUUACAAUUAAAUUGUUCAAUAGAUCGUAUUCGAUGUGUUUAUGUAUCAUAUGGUUUUGUUGAUGAAACAUUUGAAAAUUAUUUAAAUACAGUAUGGAGUCAUCGUUUGUCUCAAUUUCUUAGUCAAUAUUCAUGGUUGGUUAAUAUUUUUAAUAUAUUUAUUAUCUAUUGGUUAUUAGCAUUCACAAUUGCACUUGAAGAAAUGGUUUUAGCAUGUACAUUUGCUUCCUAUUAUUGGGAAAUAAAUCAAUUAAAUGAAAAAUGUUGUCAUGGUUAUUGUCAUAAAUGUCUAUGUCUUCAAGGUUUAGUAAUAACAUUGCGUUAUCAUUUGGGUACUAUUGCAUUUGGUAGUUCAUUUAUUGCUAUUAUUGAUGUAAUACGAACUUUAAUCGAUUUAAUUAAAGAUCGAAUGGAAGCAAUGAAUCUUAAUAAUUAUGGCAAAUGUUGUUUAACCUUAAUUAAAGGUUGUCUUAAUUGUAUUCGAUGUUGUUUUCAAUUUUUUUCAAGAUAUACAUAUAUUAUGACGGCGAUCAGUGGUAAAUGGUUUUGUUCAUCAUCUUUAACUGCAACAAGAUUAUUAUUAAAAAAUUGUUUACGUAUAUUUGUACUUGAUCGUGUUUGUGCCAUUCUUUUAUAUAUUGGACGUAUAACAAUUACAAUUGGUUCGUGUGUUUUUACUGCUUAUAUUCUUGAUAAAAUAGAAACAAAUAUUAAUUUACAUUUUUCAUGGUUUCCUAUACUUAUCAUUGGUAUAAGUAUUUAUAUAAGUUCAGCAAUAUUUCUUAAUGUUUACUCAUUAGCAACAUCAACAUUAUUUUUUUGUGUUUUAUAUGAUUUAGAAAUUUCUAAUGGUUCACAACUAGAAUCAUACAUAAUAUCAAAUCAUUUAAAAGAAAUUCUUCAUAAAUCAAAUGAUUUUCAAAACACUAAACUUCAUAUAGUUAAUGAUCGAUCAAUAAGUGAUAAAACCGAAUCAAACUUUUAG